CCUUCUCUUUUUCAGUAAGAACGACGACGUUUCUGACGACGACCACACCAACCGCAAGUCAGAGAUAAGUUUUUGGUUCUGGGCAAUAUACCCACCCAUCUCUUCAUCAGCGCGUGGAAACUACUCUCCAAUUACAUACGCUUUCCAAAGCGCGUGAAACAAACUCGCGAGUUUUCUCUUUCCUUAAAAACCCCUAAAUACUCCAACCACACUCGUUUGAGUAAGCGCACCAGCAGCAGAAAGGAAAGCAAAGUAUUCACAGAAUAAGAGUGAGGAGAGAGAAAAAGGGUGAAGAAGGUCGAAAAUGGCGGUGGUAUCGACAUCUCUGGCGUCGCAAAUUACUAACCCUAACUCGGCUGUGUCGACUCAGUUCUCUGGUCUCCGACGAUCGUUCUUGAAGCUCGAAAAUUCUGUUUCAACUCAGUCGUCGUUUUUCCAGAAUGUGGAUUCUCAUUUGCGCCUUUCCUCCUCCUCUCGCCGUUGUCCGAGAGGUGUUGUUGCUAUGGCUGGCUCUGGAAAGUUCUUCGUUGGUGGCAAUUGGAAAUGUAACGGGACCAAGGAAUCUAUCACUAAGCUUGUCUCAGACUUGAACAGUGCAACAUUGGAGGCUGAUGUUGAUGUUGUUGUGGCACCUCCGUUUGUUUACAUUGAUCAAGUAAAGAGUUCCCUUACCGGCCGAGUAGAAAUAUCAGCACAAAACUGUUGGAUUGGGAAAGGUGGGGCUUUUACUGGAGAAAUCAGUGUUGAACAAUUGAAGGAUCUUGGCUGCCAGUGGGUUAUUCUCGGGCAUUCUGAGAGAAGACACGUUAUUGGUGAACAAAAUGAGUUUAUAGGGAAAAAGGCUGCAUAUGCUCUGAACCAAGGUGUCGGAGUAAUAGCAUGUAUUGGGGAGUUGUUAGAAGAAAGAGAAGCAGGAAAAACGUUUGAUGUAUGCUACCAGCAACUGAAGGCUUUUGCAGAUGCCCUGCCUAGCUGGGAUAAUGUUGUUGUUGCUUAUGAACCUGUAUGGGCUAUUGGUACUGGUAAGGUAGCUUCUCCAGACCAGGCUCAGGAAGUGCAUGUUGCUGUUCGAGAUUGGCUUAAAAAGAAUGUCUCAGAGGAAGUUGCUUCUAAGACACGCAUCAUAUAUGGAGGGUCUGUCAACGGAGGUAACUGUGCAGAGCUUGCAAAACAAGAAGAUAUAGACGGCUUUCUCGUGGGAGGGGCUUCUUUGAAGGGUCCUGAGUUUGCCACCAUCGUUAAUUCUGUAACAGCAAAGAAAGUUGCUGCUUGAGCAUUCUUGUGAAUCUGGCUGGAAAUGGCCCAAUGACUAUUAGAGAGUUUCUUGGUGAGUUGUUUUAUAACGACAAUGUAUUCUACCGUUGACCUGUUUCGUUUAUGUUGGAGGCUCUGCUUGGGAGUCUUCAUACUUUUCCUUUGUUAAAUUGGAGAAUAAUAAUAAAUAAAUAAUACAGUAAUAGGAAUUUUAGUAGGAAUUUUUUGCUGAAUUGGAUGUAAUAUUUCCAGUGUAUUUCUAAAAGAGAGCUUGUCAUUGAAAUGAUAUGAACGAAUAAGGUAUACAUAUUUCUGUUGUCACA